AUGAUUAAUUCGCGGAAAAUUAUUCCGACAGCCAAAGGCUUAGCGGACCUGCUAAAAGAAAAAAUAAAUUAUCUUGGCGGUGAGCAUCAUUUAAAGCGAAUACUUAAGGAACUCGGAUUCUCUUGGAGACGUGUUGGGUCGAUCAGGAAGCAAUUGAUGGAACGAUCAGAUAUUGUUUUUCUUCGGGCGCAAUAUUUACGGAAAAUGAAGGCAUCCAGGGACCUCGGACGCCCUAUUAUAUAUACGGACGAUACGUUUGUGCACGCAGAACAUACGGCUUCGAAAUGCUGGCAGUCGGAAGAUGUUCUCGCUGUUCCAUUUAAUAAGGGCGAUCGACUCAUCAUUGUACAUGCCGGAUCUGAAGCUAAAGGUGCCGGAUUAGUUUUUAAAUCGAAAUCACGAAGUGGAGAUUACCAUGAUGAAAUGAACUCAGAAAAUAUUCAGAAAUUGUUAACGAAACAACUCAUACCAAACUUGCUUGCCAAUUCCGUCGUUGUCAUUGAUAACGCACCGUAUCAUAAUGUCCAGGAAAAUCGGUGUCCCUCGCAGUCAACGUUAAAAGCGGAAGUGAAAAACUGGUUACGACGAAAUAAUAUCCGAUUUGAUGACAACAUGCUAAAACCGGAACUUCUGGAGUCAUGCAAAAGGAACAAGCCUGCACACAAGUUCGUUGUCGACAACAUUCUUAAAAAUCAUGGACAUGACUGUAUUCGGUUACCGCCGUACCACGCAGAUCUAAACGCUAUUGAGUUGAUCUGGGAUAACUUGAAACGACAGAUUGCAGUUCACAAUUUCAAGUUUAACUUGAAAGAAGUCUCUUCUCUUGUUGAAGAAGCUUUCGGACAGAUAACAACCAACGACUGCGGACAUGUGAAAAGGGUGGAGGCGGAAUUUUUGGCGACAGGAUGUUGCCAGAGAUAUUGA